GUAAUUUAUUAAUUAAUUUAUGCGCCAAUUGAGAGUGAAUAAUAAUAAUUUUUUUAAAUAAAAGUGAAAAGAAAGAAAUGAAUAAUGCUAUAUGUGAAAGUAUAAAACAAGAUUACUGUGUGUAUAUUACUUAGGGUUGAAAAUAUGUAAUAAGAAAUUUGCUAAGCAUGAAGCUAACUGACGAUGUUGUUACUUUUCUGGUAUGGUUGGAACAGCCAAAGCAAAUAAUAUUGUUUUCUAUAUUUUUCAUAUUGUUAUGCGUUAUUAUAACCAAGCUUUCAAGUCGACGUAAAAAUCGCCAUAAAGAGUUUCAUGUUCGUGACUCAGGAAAAGGUCAUCAUUGGGUUCAUUCAGACUUUUUAAGCAAGCCAACCUUUUGUAAUAUUUGUGAGUUCUCCCUAGUUAGAGGUGUUUUUUGCGAUGUUUGUUGGAUUUCGGUUCAUGACGAAUGUGAAGUUGAUGGCAAUAAAAAAUUAGCUUGCAAGGUAACAAGUUUGUCAAAAUCAAAAAUGUUCAUGCGACACCACUGGAUUAAAGGUAAUUUAACUCUUUGCAGCGUGUGUUCAGUUUGUAAUCAAUCAUGUGGUGUUGAACCAAGGUUAUGUGACUACAGAUGCAUUUGGUGUCAUAAAACUGUUCAUGAAGGUCAGUGUUAUGCUAAAAUGGAUGUUGAGUGCACAUUUGGUGCAAUACAAGAAAUUAUACUUCCACCAUACUGUGUCACUUUAAAGACAAAUGGUUGGAGAGGUCACAAAAGUUGUGUCAUUAAAGAGGUUAGAAAACCAAAUUUUAAAAAAUGGCGGCCCAUUUUAGUGUUUGUUAAUCCAAAAAGUGGCAAUAAUGAAGGUUAUAAGUUGUUGCGAGCUUUCAGAGGAAUGUUAAAUCCAGCACAGGUGAUAGAUCUUUUAGAAACAACUGCAGAAUCUGGUCUUGAGUUUUGUCGACUACUUCCAGAUAUACAAUGCAGAAUAUUGGUCUGUGGUGGUGAUGGAACUGUUGGUUGGAUACUUAAUACUAUUGAUAAAAUUGACCUUCCAUUGAAACCACAAGUUGGAAUCCAUCCAAUGGGAACAGGUAAUGAUCUUGCUCGAGUGAUGGGUUGGGGAAUGAAAUAUGUUGGGGAUGAACAUGAAAUUGAAGAAUUGUUAAAAGACAUUGAAGAAGCUAAAGUUGUUCAAUUUGAUAGGUGGCAAGUUAGCAUUAAAAAUAGUGGUUACUUUGGCAAAAAACUGAAGACAAAAGUAGUAUAUAUGAAUAGCUAUGUAUCAGUAGGAUGUGACGCACAGGUUACAUUAAACUUUCAUCGCCAUCGUCAAUAUCAGCCAUUUCUUUUUACAAGCAGAAUUAUAAAUAAGCUAAUGUACUUUAUUUAUGGUUCACGUGAUGUCCUUGAAGCAGAGUGUAAAAACCUUCACAAGCGCAUAGAGUUGGAGUUAGAUGGUGUUAAAAUAGACUUACCACAACUGGAAGGUGUUGUAGUAUUAAAUAUUAACAGUUGGUGUGGUGGUUGCCGAAUAUGGGAUUCCUCUGACAAUGCCAAUACUGAAAUGCCCUCUCAAUUUAAUGAUGGUUUUUUGGAAGUGGCAGGCCUGUAUUCAUCAUUACAUAUUGCUAAAUUACAAGUAAACUUGUCUAGUCCGGUUAAAUUGGGGAGAGCAAAGCAUGUUAAGAUCACAAUACACAAAACUAAAGAAGCACGCAACGUACCAAUGCAACUCGAUGGUGAGCCAUGGGAGCAAGCUCCGUGUGUAAUCGAUGUUGUUUACCACUCACAGGCUGUUAUGCUUCAAAAAGUAAUUUAACUCUUAAAACAGUGAGAACUUUUG